AUGAGUGGCACGAGAUUGGAUCGUCUCGUAACGCUGCUCGAGACCGGCAGCACGCCAUUGAUCCGCAACACCGCCGCAGACCAGCUAGCCGACGUCCAGAAACAACAUCCCGAUGAAUUAUUCAACCUGCUAACGCGGGUAAUCCCGUACCUCCGGUCCAAGAGCUGGGACACGCGGGUCGCUGCUGCCAAGGCUGUCGGAGGCAUCGUCGCCAACGCCGACAAGUUCGACCCCAACGCCGAAGAUGAGCCUCUCAAGCCCGAGGUGAAAGCCGAGACCAAUGGCCUUGUCAAGAAGGAGGAGAACGGCGAUGGCAGCCUCUCGCCCAUCGGCGACCAGCUCGACCUCGCCACGCUCGAUUUGCCGUCCAUCCUGAAAUUUGGAAAGCAGCUCCUCGGCAGUGCAGGCAAGGAGUAUGACUACAAGCUUGCUGCCAUGGAUCCCGCGGACCGGCUGGCGCAUCAGAAGAAGAGCCUCGCUGCGCGUCUUGGUCUUGGCGGCGAGUACAUUGAGGACGACCUGGUCACGGAGAACGACAUCGUGGCGCAGACCCCUAGUGUGCGAACGCCAUACCGUAUCGAUACGACAGUGUCCCGAGCGGACAGCAUCGCGUCUGCGUCCUGUGCUUCUCCGCCGCCCGGGGCCACUCCGAACGGUGACCAACCAGCUCUCAGUAAGCGCCAGCUCAACGCGCUGAAGCGCAAGGCCAAAAAAGAUCUCCAGGGCAAAGCGAAUAAGGUUCAAAUUGUGGACCUGGGACCAGGCCCGCGCAAGGCCUCUCAGUCAGACUAUCCCCAGACUCCGGCAAGCGCACAUCCUUACCCGGUCAAGCAAGAGCCGAAAGAGGAGAACGGCGACGAGGGUGUUAGCGACUAUUUCUCCUUGGACCGAAAGGGCGGUGACGACGACCAGAAGUUCGUCAAGGAGUUCAAAGGCGCGCCGGUACCGGACAAGUCAUCUUUUCAGACAGAGGCGGAGGAGGCCGGGUUGGAGUGGCCUUUCGAGCGCGUCUGCGAAUAUCUCAGCGUAGAGCUCUUCGACCAUGCUUGGGAAGUGCGACAUGGAGCCGCUAUGGGUCUACGAGAGAUCCUUCGCGUUCAUGGCGCUGGCGCUGGACGGCUGAAGGGAAAGACGCGAGCACAGAACGACGAGCUUAACCAGCGAUGGCUGAACGACCUGGCAUGCCGCAUAUGCUGCGUGUUUAUGCUCGACCGGUUCGCAGAUUACACCUCGGAUAAUGCGGUCGCGCCCAUUCGAGAGACCGCUGGACAGGCGCUGGGCUCAUUACUGCAGCACUUGUCGCGAGAGAACGUGCUCGCCACGUUCAACGUUCUUUACCGUCUGAUCAUGCAAGAGGAUACUGCAAGCACCGCAUGGCAGGUCUGCCAAGGUGGCAUGAUCGGCCUGCGAUAUCUCGUGGCGGUGCGCAACGAUCUCCUGCUUGAGGAUGGCACGCUCAUGGAUGGCGUUCUUGAAGCCGUCAUCAGAGGGCUCGGCGACUUUGAUGACGACGUUCGCGCCAUCAGCGCAGCGACGCUUAUCCCUGUCGCCAAAGAGUUUGUGGAGAUGCGCCCCAAGGCUCUCGAACGGCUCAUGAACCAGGUCUGGUCGUGUCUUUCCAGCCUGCAGGAUGACCUCAGUGCCAGCACAGGUUUCAUCAUGGACCUCCUGGCCAAACUCUGCAGCUUCCCGCAAGUACUCCAGGCUAUGCAAGAAAACGCGAGGCACGAUUCUUCGCAAUCAUUCCACGAGCUGGUACCCCGUCUGUUCCCCUUCCUCCGGCAUACGAUCACCAGCGUUCGCGCAGCUGUCCUCCGAGCCUUGAUCACCUUCCUCGACAUACAGGGCGCAGGCAACGAAGGCUGGAUCGACAGCAAAGCUUUGCAACUCAUAUUCCAGAAUAUCCUUCUUGAGCGGAACGAGGGCGUGUUGAAGCUUUCGUUGCAGCUGUGGAACGCCGUCAUCGAUGGGCUCGGUAGCAGUCAGCUGCCUAUGCAUCUAGGACCUAUCCUUGGUUCUAUUAUUCCAUUAUCUCUCACGCCGAUCGGCGUCACUCGGCAUCCAAUAUCCAUGGACCUAUCGCUUCUCAUUCGCCCAUCUGGGCAGGUGUUUGGACCUCCUCCAAGCUCCCAGUCUAGUCGAAAAUCUACGUCUCCAAGCAAUGGAGAGCCAACUCAGAAGAAGCGCAAGAAGUCACGCGUCGACAAAGAUAUGCUGACUCCAUCGACAUCCUCCCCUACCCACAAUGUCGAUGGCCCCAUGAUCGGCGGCGAACUUGAACUUGUCGGUUCCGAAGUUAUGGUCCGGUCUAGGAUCUCCGCUGCGCAGGCUCUCGGUAAAGCAAUGGCGAUCUGGCCCGAGCAGUCACGGCAGCAGACAUUCAAACCCAGCCUGCUGCCGCCUCUUCUGUCUACGCACUCGACGACGCAACUCACAGCAGCCAUGAUCAUCGAAGAGUUUGGCAAGUCGCUUACCGCCAAGGAUGCCCUCGCCGAAUCGUUCGCGGCGGCGCUUCUCCCGGUCGUGGAAGGAGAGCGGCCUAGUGCAUAUGAGGACCUGGUCCCGAAGCUUCAGAUCGUGCGGACGCAGUGCACCGCCCUGCUGAAUAUCUUCCGGGACGGCCAUGUACAAAAUCUUCCUACCAUUGCCGUCGUUGUCCAAGGAGACCCUGCAGCCAGCCAAUAUGCCUUCUCUGUUGCAGACGCAGAAAAGAUCCUGAAUGUGCACUACGAGAAGCUCAAGAAAGCUAUGACGCCAGCAGCACGUAUGGUCGCGCAGGCGAACCUUGAGAUCACCAAGGCAGAAGUAGAGACAACUCUCCAGGAAGCCAAGGACAUCAAAGAAGAGCGCGACGUUCGCAUCAAAGCGGCUGCGGCCGGAGCCCUUAUCUCCCUCAACUCUCCUCCAAAGAAGCCCUCGCCGCCGAUCAAAGCGAUGAUGGACAGCAUCAAGAAAGAGGAGAACGUCGAGCUGCAGAGGCGCUCUGCCGCCGCCGUCGCUGGCUACAUCGUACACCUGGUCAACGCUAAGCGAACCGGUGUCGUCAACAAAGUUGUCGGCAACCUCGUCAAGUUCUACUGCAUGGAAACAGCGGAAACGCCAGAGUUCCACGGACAAGCAGACGUUGACACGGGUAUCCUCACCUUGAAGAAGGACGAGGAUAUUCGCGAUCACCCGGAUGCGGCCAGGUUCGCUGAAGAGUCCAAGGCAGCGCGCAUUACUAAGCGGGGCGCGCGUGAGGGUCUCGAGCACGUCGUGCACAAGUUCGCCAGCCAGAUUUUCGAAAAGGUGCCCAUUUUGAAGGAUCUCAUCGAACGGCCCAUUCGCAAGGCGUUUACCGAGGAUACACUACCCGCAGAGAUUACAGACGAAGACGGCAUUUUUGGCCAGGAGGUUGUCGAUGCCUUGUCGACACUACGAGCUUUGGUGGGCAGCCUUCACCCCGACGUCCGUGGCUUCGUAAAGGACCUUUUACCGCUCAUCGCCAAGGCUCUGCGAUCGCGGCUAUACGUUCUUCGUUACGUGGCUGCGAAAUGUUUCGCCACAAUCUGCAGCGUCAUGUCCGUGGAAGGUAUUACAAUGCUAGUCGAGAACGUCCUCCCAACCAUCAGCGACGCUGGCAAUGUGCAUGCUCGACAAGGUGCUAUCGAAUGCAUUUACCACCUGAUCCACGUCAUGGAAGACAGCAUUCUCCCGUACGUUAUCUUCUUGAUCACUCCUGUGCUUGGGCGGAUGAGCGACUCCGAUAACGAUGUUCGUCUGCUCGCCACGACCAGCUUCGCCACUCUCGUCAAACUGGUACCGCUUGAGGCUGGUAUUCCUGACCCACCCGGUCUACCCGAGUCGUUGCUCAAGGGUCGUGAGAAGGAGCGCAAAUUUGUUGCGCAGAUGCUGGACGCGAAGAAGGUGGAGCCUUUCGAGAUUCCUGUUGGCAUCAAUGCUACCCUACGCCACUAUCAGCAAGACGGUGUCAACUGGCUAGCUUUCCUCAACCGGUACAACCUGCACGGUAUCCUCUGCGACGACAUGGGCCUCGGGAAGACGCUGCAGACUCUGUGCAUGGUCGCAAGCGACCAUCACAUGCGCGCGGAGGAGUAUGCCAAGUCUCAAGAUCCGUACUACAGGCGCCUUCCGUCUCUCAUCGUCUGUCCUCCUACGCUGUCCGGUCAUUGGCAACAGGAAAUCCGGCAGUACGCGCCGUUCCUUACGUCUGUGGCGUAUGUUGGCUCGCCGCCAAUCCGCAGCCAGGUCAGGACCCAGCUUGACAACGUCGAUAUUGUUAUCACCUCUUACGAUAUCUGCCGCAACGACAACGAUGUCCUGAAGCCGCUGAGCUGGAACUACGUCGUGCUGGACGAAGGCCAUCUGAUCAAGAAUUCUAAGUCGAAGACGAGCCAGGCAGUCAAGAACUUCCAGUCGAACCAUCGCCUGAUCCUUUCGGGCACGCCCAUCCAAAACAACGUCCUUGAGCUGUGGUCACUCUUCGACUUCCUCAUGCCAGGUUUCCUCGGUUCGGAGAAGGUCUUCCAGGAGCGCUUCGCAAAGCCCAUCGCUGCAUCCCGGUUCGCCAAAUCCUCCUCGAAGGAGCAAGAACGCGGCGCCCUCGCCAUUGAAGCUCUGCACAAACAAGUUCUUCCCUUCCUACUGCGUCGCCUCAAGGAAGAAGUACUGGACGAUCUGCCACCAAAGAUUCUGCAGAACUAUUAUUGCGACCUCUCCGACCUGCAGCGCAAGCUCUUCGAAGACUUCACCAAGAAAGAAGGCAAGGAGAUUCAGUCCAAGGCCGGCAGCGCAGACCGCGAGAGCAAGCAGCACAUCUUCCAGGCAUUGCAGUACAUGAAGAAGCUCUGCAACUCGCCCGCGAUGGUCAUCAAGCCGACGCACAAGCAGUAUGACGCCACGCAGCAGUUCCUGAGGAAGAACAACACCUCGCUCGAGGACAUUGCGCAUGCGCCCAAGCUCGGCGCCCUCAAAGACCUGCUCGUAGACUGUGGCAUCGGCACUGUCGACGUCGAACCCAGCACGCGCAUGCCCAACGGCGACCUCCCCGAAGCCGUCUCACAGCACCGCGCCCUCGUCUUCUGCCAAAUGAAAGAGAUGCUCGACAUGGUGCAGUCCCAGGUCCUAGAGAAAUUCCUCCCAUCCGUGCAAUUCAUGCGCCUCGACGGCGGCGUCGACGCGACCAAGCGUCAGGACAUCGUCAACAAGUUCAACUCGGAUCCGUCGUAUGAUGUGCUGCUGCUUACGACAAGCGUGGGCGGCUUGGGCCUCAAUUUGACAGGCGCCGACACGGUAAUCUUCGUUGAGCAUGAUUGGAAUCCACAGAAGGAUAUCCAGGCUAUGGAUCGCGCGCAUCGCAUUGGGCAGAAGAAGGUGGUUAAUGUGUAUCGCAUUGUCACGCGUGGUACCCUGGAGGAGAAGAUUUUGAACCUCCAACGCUUCAAAAUCGACGUCGCCUCCACCGUCGUCAACCAGCAAAACGCAGGCCUGGGCUCCAUGCAAACAGACCAGAUCCUCGACCUGUUCAACGUGUCCGCCGACAGCGCGGAACCAGGCGCCUUGCCGCCGCCACCUUCUGCAGUGGAGAACGGCGGGACGGGCAUCAGUGAGGAGAACGCGGUGGAUGCCACCGGCGAGGUCAGGGAGAAGGGGAAGAAGGGCUUCCUGGAUGAGCUGGGCGAGUUGUGGGAUGAGAGGCAGUAUGAGGAGGAGUUUGAUUUGGAGGGGUUUUUGGGCAAGAUGAAGGGUUGA